AUGACUCGAGACCAUCACGAAAGUCGGCCUGUCAAUGAUGAGGAGAGCGAGAUAACCCCCCUGAUCGCAGCUCCGGUCCUCCGCGACGAGUCCCACCCACCCUCACCAGAUGCCCACAGAACAAAGUCCAUACCACGAGCGCGUCUGAGCAUCGUCGCUACUUGUAUCUUGCUCAUUAUCCUCAUUGAGUUGGGCGCGUACCUUGCCACCAUCCCGCUCAAUCAAGUGCUUGAGGACAUCAUAUGCCACAACCUCAACUGGGAUCUGCCCCCCAACGCUGGUGAAUCGCGAUGCAAGACCAAGGCUGUCCAGAACGAGUUGUCGAUUAUCAGAGGGUGGCAAAGCACGCUGGAUUUCAUUCCAGGCCUUAUGACGGCCGUUCCGUACGGCUUUCUCGCUGAUAGACGGGGGCGGGAGUGGGUGCUCAGCCUUUCCCUGUUAGGAAUCACUCUGGCCAGUGCCUUCUACAUUCUCGUCUGCUCUCUGCCCAAUGUGUUCCCUCCACGUGCAACAUGGCUCUCUGCUGUCUUUACCUUUAUUGGUGGUGGUCCGGCUGUCUUUAACGCUAUGGUCUUUACUAUUGCAGGGGAUGUAGUGAGUGCAGAGCACAGAUCCACUAUCUUGUCCUAUCUUGCUGCCGCUGUGGUCGGAGGCGAGUUGAUCGCUAGUCCUCUGGUUUAUUUUCUCAUGAAGAUAGACGCUUGGCUCCCCAUCUACACAGGCUUGGGCUGCCUUGUCUUGGGUACUGUUGUAUCUCUUAUGCUCCCCGAAACGCUUUCUAGAGAACCAAGAUAUCGCCCCACCGAGACAACCCAGUCGCUACCUUGGCACCAUCCAAUCCGGUCAGAGCUGGAAAAGCUGGGCAAGGCCUUGCUAUGGAUGUUGUGGAGAAGUUCUCGCGUCCUCUUACUGCUCUUCACUUUUUUAUUGACGACGCUGGGCCGCUUUGCGCAAGAGAUUCUUUUGCAGUACGUGACGAAGCGAUACGGCUGGUCAUGGUCGCAGGUGAGAUAUUUCCGUUUCCUGCUCCUGAACACUGUUGUUCUGUCGUGA